AUAGAGAGAGAGACAGAGAGAGAGAGAGAGAGACCCUGUUGCAAAACUGCAAAACGUGAACUAUGUAACUAUGAGGAAAACUGGUGAGGCACUGGCAGGAGCUGCCCGGGGCACCGGUGGAGUCCCCAUCCCUGGAGGUGUCCAAGGAAGGGCUGGCCGUGGCGCUCUGCGCUGGGGACGAGGCGCGGAUCCGUCCCGGGCUGGACUCUGAUCUCGUCCAUGCGGGACAGCUCCGGGAUCCCGGGCGGGGCGCUCCUCCGGCCGCCAGGGGGCGCACGGGCGCUGCGGGGCGCUCUGGCUGCGCCGCUCGGUGGUGCCGCUGAUCACGUGACCCGGCGGUGAGGCGGCGAUGGCGGCACCGAGCGGUGUCGGGCCGGUGCCCGAGGGCUGCGAGCCAAAAUGCCGGCAGGGUCGACUCAAUCUUUCAUCCUUCCGAGGUUCUGGGCCCUCGGGCACAGAACGGCGCUGGUCUGGAUGAGGGAAGGGUAAAGAAGACGAGGAGCUUGGAAGCUGUGUGACCCUGGGAGGGGGACCCGCAGAGACAAGAAGAGAAGAAUAGUGAUGGUCCCAGUUCUGCAGCUCAGGCUGGCCAGCAAACACAGACCCCAGGAUCCCUCAGCCUUUCUCUGCAGUGACCAUCUGUGCCCCUGGACAGAGGCAGGGUCAGGGCUGAAGAUGCCUCUCUUCUCCAGGAAGAAGAAACCCAGCGACGAAGCUCGGAAGCGCCUCGAGUACCAAAUGUGCCUGGCAAAAGAAGCUGGUGCUGAUGACAGCCUUGACAUAUCCAGAUGUGAGCUCUCAGAGGUUCCUUAUGGGGCCUUUGCAACUUGCAAGGUCUUGCAAAAAAAGGUACUGAUUAUUCAUACCAAUAAUCUGACAUCCUUAGUUCCAAAGUCCUGCAGCCUCCUGAGUCUCAUAACUGUGAAGGUUCUGGAUCUGCAUGACAACCAGCUGGCAUCACUUCCUGCUGAUAUUGGUCAGCUGGCAGCUCUUCAGGUCCUAAACCUUGAAAGGAAUCUUUUAAAAAGCCUUCCACAAUCUAUAGGAGACCUUGCACAGCUCCAGGUCCUCAAUGUUAAAGGGAACAAGCUGAGGGCGCUGCCCGGGAGCGUGAGCGGCCUGCGGAGCCUGCGGGCUCUGGAUGUCAGUGGGAACGAGCUGCAGGAGCUGCCCCGGGUGCUGGCCCACGCCCGCAGCCUGCAGAUGCUGACCCUGGAUGCCUCUGCCAUGACCUACCCACCCGCUGACAUCUGCAGUGCAGGUACAGAGGCCAUCCAGCAGUUCCUCUGCAAAGAGUGUGGAAUUGCAUACUACCCUCCCUCACAGUACCUGCUCCCCACGCUGGAGAGCGAUGGAGGAGGAACUUCAGUGGAUGGGGUGGACAGGACAGUAGAGAAGUACCUGGAAGAGGAGAGUGAGUGGCAGAACAAAUUCUUGGAUUAUGAGAAGAGGAAGGAAAGAAAGACACAGGAGAAGCUGGAAUUUGAGCGGCGCUUGAACGUGGGGCAGCGCGAACAGGCCCUGCUGGUGCAGCAGCUCAACAGCCACAAGGAUGAGAUCCUGCAGACAGUGAGAGAGGAGCAGCAGAGGCUGGAGCAGGGUCUGUCGAAGCACCAGCGCUGUUUGGAGGAGGAGAGGCUGAAGCUGCUGCAGCAGCUGAAGGACACAGAGCAGGGCAUUGCCAGCCGGAUCCAGAAGCUGCUGGAGGACAACCAGAGGCAAAUACGAAGUUCAGACAUUUUGAAGUCCUUGGAGAAUGAAAGAAUCAGGAUGGAACAGCUGAUGGCAAUAACCCAGGAGGAGACGGAGCAGCUGCGCAGGAGGGAAGUGGCCUCUGCCAUGCAGCAGAUGCUGGCCGAGACCUACAAGAACAAGCUCCUCCAGCUGACCUCCGAGUCUCGUCGGCAGGACCUUGUCAGCCAGGCCUGCUCCAGCCUAGCUGAGAUGGAUCAGAAGUUCCAGCAAAUCCUGGCUUGGCAGCAUCUGGAUCAGAACAAAGCUGUCAGUCAGAUCUUGCAGCAGAUUGAGAUGCAGAAAACUGCCUUUGAAGCUCUCCAGGUGAAGAAGGAUCUUAUGCACAGGCAGAUCAGGAACCAGAUUAAAUUAAUAGAAACAGAGUUAUUGCAGCUGACACAGCUGGAGUUAAAGAGGCAAGAACUGGACACAGAGACACUGCAGGAGGCGGUCAUGGAGCAGCGCCAGGCACUCGGCUGCCUCCUGCAGCAGCUGCUCAAGGAGAAGAAGCAAAGGGAGGAAGAACUGCAACAAAUCCUGCUGGAAAUGGAGGCAAAGAGCGAAACCAAGCAGGAGAACUACUGGCUGAUCCAGUACCAGCGCCUGCUGAACCAGAAGCCCCUCUCCCUGAAACUCCAGGAGAAGGGUUUGGAGCAGCAGCUGGUGACCCUGCUGCUGGAGCUCUCUGCUGAGCAGUACCUGCCAAUCUUUGCUCACCACCGAAUAUCCCUGGAAACGCUCGGCACCAUGAGUGCCAGUGACCUGGAGAAGCUCGGUGUGACAGAGGCUGGACUGCAGCGUGCCAUCCUCAGGCGGGCUCAGGAGAUCCUGGCUGUGGCCUCGACCAUCCCAGAGCUGCGGAGGGCAGAGGACAGCGAGCUCCCUGCGGGCCCAGAGCCCAGCGCUCCCCUGGAGGAGCCCCCGGGCCCCGCGGCCCCCACGGCCCCACCGUGGGACGAGAAGAAGUCGGAGUGCGUUGUGUGCAUGGAGCAGGAGCCCCAGAUGAUUUUCCUGCCCUGUGGCCACGUCUGCUGCUGCCAGGGCUGCUGCGAGCGGCUCCACUCGUGUCCCCUGUGCCGCCAGGACAUCGCCCAGCGCAUCCGCAUCUUCCACAGCGCCUAGGCCGGCCCGGGAGGCACCGGCCCCGCUCCCGGGCUGUUCCCGCUGCCGCUCCUGCCCCUGUGAACAGCCCCUCGGCAGCACGGCCGGCACUGCUCUCCCCGUGCCCGGCGCCGCGCUGGCUGCGCCCGGGAGCCUCAGCGUCCUGCCGGCUCCCCGGUGGCUUCUCAGCCCCAGCUGGGGCUCCUUCAGUGAAUCCCUUCCUGCUGCCCGCCCGCCCUGCGUCCCCGUGCCCGGGUGACAAACCGGGCACAGCUGCGGCUCCUCCCCUCUGGCAGAGGGGUUCGCUGCCAGAAAGGCCCCUGGGGGCUCACAGGGACACGGGGAGUGCUUCCAGCAGUGCUGUCGGAGGGGGAGGGAAUUUCCCGUGGGAGCAUUCGGUCAGGACGUGCUGUUCUUCGUGUACUGACUCUGCCGUGCACCUCCGUCAUGCCAAAGGUCUGGGGCUUCUGCUCUGGGCCUCACAGGAGCGUGUCUGGGUCUGCAGCCUCAGGCAGGCAGAUCCAGAAGCUCCCCAGCCCCCAGUUCCUGCUCCUGUGGGAGAGGAGAGAGCAACACCCCCGGGACUGGAGGGACCUGCCCUGGCCAGAUGAGCCCAGUGGGGUCCCUCAUCCACAAACCAGGUAGGGAGCAGAGUGUGCUGCUGCCACGGGACAGCACUGAGGCAGGGCUGGGGCUGUGCCCAGCUCAGGACCACGGUGCCUCUGCACUGGGUGUGGGGACUGCUCCAUUGUCAUUGAUUAGUAACAAUUCCUGUCUGUCCCUCGGCUCUUGACCCUGAAAUAUAAAAAUGCUGCCACGAGCCCGGUCCCACCACAGCCUUCCCCAGGAGCAGCCAUUAAACUGCAGCUGGUUUCUGC